UGAAGAAAAUCGCCAGCGAUGGCGGGCGGCUAGCAUCGGCCACUAGGUAAUACCUUGGCAAAAGAAUUUUGUUCUCGUCAUCCCAUAUGUAAACUCACAUAGAAUUAAACUGGCAUCCGAACAUCCAUUUAGAUGACGGCACGACGCCGUGGGUUGACAGGUCAUGGGGGCCUGUUUCGGCCACUGCUUAACGAAAAUCACAGACUCCGUGCCGUACAGAUACUAUCAGAGGCAUAUCAAAAUGCCUUUUCAAAAAGAAGAACAAGAACAAGCUGAGUUUAUGGAUGCAGAAAGAGAUGAAGACCAAAUAAAAGGAUCAAAAACUUUAUUGUCAUUUCUAUCUUUAAAAAGAUUCAAGAAAAAACACAGGGUUCCUGUGACUUUGGAAUUAUUAGAAGAUGGAAGAUGGUCACGAAGUGGUAAUAAAUACAUCAGAUUAAGUUCCAGAAAUAAUGCUUCUACCAGUUCUGGACUGGAUACAUCGCUUCAAAUUCUUGACGCAAGGACAUUAAUAAAACAACAAACUUACGUUUCUUCUACCCCCGGAUCCUCACUAGAUCUUGAAUGGGAACAUGAAGGGUUACCUCUAGCAAUUUUGGAAGACGAAAAAAGAGACACAGAAGUAGACACACAAACAUCGGUUAAUAACAGUCAUCCUUCUAGCUUGACAGCUUCUCCAUGGUCUAGAGUUUCAACUCCAAAUAGUUUGGAAUGGGAUCCAGUAGAACCGGAUAUAUGUGUCGAUAUGGAGACUGAGCAGCUUUUAACUGAGAUAGAAAGAUUAACAGAUAGAGCACUGAAAGAAACAGGUGAAUGGACAAACACUAACACUAGCUGAUAAACGAUUCAAUUGUAACUAACAGAAUUGUUUGUAUUUUUGUAUUACAAGACUUCAUUAAGUAAAUUAAAACAGAUGCUCUAUUCUUUUGAGAAAGAUAUAGGUUAUUUCGAUACAUUUUAUCACUAUUCUUGAAACAAUGUACAUUUAUAUUGUUUCAGAGAUAUACAUUACAUAGCUUUAGGAUAUAUUAAAAUCAGAUGCGGGAUAUAUAUCUAUAUAAUAUUAUGUACAGUUGUGGCCGCCUACAUGUUAGUGGUACUUACCGAUUGCGACUGUCAUUAAAGUUCUCAUUCUUUGUAUUCCAACGAUCGGAGCUUUGACUAAAACAAAUUAUUCUACCUUGCUUACUCUUAGUUCUCACUCUAGCAUUUGUCAUUCUCGCACAAGGCAAUGAGUAUAUUUCGGAAUCGAUUACUACUGUGAUCAGUAAAACGUUGUUUACAAUAAAAAAGAAUCGUUAAACAUCACCAAAUCAAGAAAAUUUUUUGCAAUAUAUUGAAUGUCCGCGUAGCAACAGUUUUCUUGAUUUGAGUUUUAGGUAAAACUAUUUGCUUGUUUAUGGAAUCAGACUAUUGUAUUUGCAAAUUGUUUUUUUUUUUUAGCAAUAUUAAGUUUAAUUAUUUUGGUGCUAGAGAAAAUAAACAUUUAAAACCAUGUAUCAUAUCAAUCCAAAAUGUAAAGUGAUGUGGUUUAAUAAAUAUAAAAGCGAUUGUGAAAUUAAGAAAAAUCA